UUUGAUGAAGUGCAUAUGCAAGUUCGAAGGCGGAUUGGCGCGCGAUGUUGCGCGCGAUCGUGUUGAGUUUUGUGUAUAUAAACUCGUGUUGUAUAUUAUACUUAUUAUACCAAUAAGUGCUGAACAGUACUCGUGUUUCGUGUCGUGUUUCAGAACUUGUUCGCCCUUCAAAGAUGGUGUGGUUGGAGCCCCUAGCGACGCUACUGAAUACUAACAAUAUACAAGUUGUAUUCGCAACUGGUUCACUAAGCCGCAAAAAAACCCUGGAGGAAAAAGGUCUGGGAUUUGUGGAAUUUAGAGAGUCUCAUUGCGGUGAGAGGACAGAUGAAACGGAUCCCGAGAAGGUUGUGAAAGAGAUCGCCCUCAGGAAGGCGCAAGCUGUGUACGAGCGGCUGAGUAACCAGUCCGACGUCAAAACGAUAGUCAUCGGCGCGGACACCAUCGUCACCAUCGGUAAUAGGAUACUCACCAAACCGAAAGGAGAGGGCGAGCACCAAAAAUAUAAUAGUGCAUUCAAUAUGCUCAAAAGUCUGUCAGGAAAGGAGAACGUAGUGGUCACAGGAUUAGCCAUCAUAUAUCCUGACGGAGAAGAAUUCUUCCACGUCGAAAAAACAAAAGUGUACUUUUCAGAAUUGACUGAUGAACAGAUAAGUUGUUAUGUGAAGACCAAGGAACCGAUGGAUAAAGCAGGAGCCUACGCAAUACAAGGUCUGGCUGGAACCUUCAUAAAAUGUAUCGAAGGUGACUACUUCAGUGUCCUGGGUGCGCCUGUCCACGCAAUAUGUCAAAUUCUGUACGAAUGGAUCAAUAAAAAAAAUACUAAAUAAUAAAUCGACAUGCUUCUUAUUUUUAGACUUCAGGCUUAUACUUUGAAACUUGAAUAAACAUAUAACAUAUUUUGUAAAUAUAAA